ACUAUGAAAAUAGUGAAAAAACUGAUCAAGCCGAAAAACCUAUGGAAACAUUUGGCGAUUUUACAGUAGCAUCAUCAUUUGAUAUGGGUGAAGGAUUUUUAGCAACUGACGUUCCUGAAUCACCACGAAAGGCACUAAGUGAGCUUGGUCAAAAUGUGUUCAAAGAAAGUCAAAUGAAUGCGGAAAGUGAAAUUCAAGGGAUUGAAG